GUUACGCCAACUGCGGCCACGGCACGAUGCACUCGCUGGCGCAGCUGCACGGCAAGCCGCCCUUCUACCCGGGCCUGGACGAGUCAGCGCACCUACUGGACGAGCACGGCCUGCUGGACGGCCUGUCGGCGCUCAGUCCGUCGCGCACCUCGCCCCGCUCCUCCGGCUCGGGCGACAACGGCGAGCGCUACUCGCGCAAGGUGUUCGUCGGCGGCCUGCCGCCCGACAUCGACGAGGAGGAGAUCACCACCUCGUUCCGGCGCUUCGGCCCGCUGGUGGUCGACUGGCCGCACAAGGCCGAGUCCAAGUCGUACUUCCCGCCCAAGGGGUACGCCUUCCUGCUGUUCCAGGACGAGUGCUCGGUGCAGCAGCUGAUCGACACGUGCAUCCAGGACGACGACAAGCUCUACCUGUGUGUCUCGUCGCCGACCAUCAAGGACAAGCCGGUGCAGAUCCGACCGUGGAAGCUCUCCGACGCCGACUACGUGCUGGACGCGUCGCUGCCGCUCGACCCGCGCAAGACCGUGUUCGUCGGCGGCGUGCCUCGUCCGCUCAAGGCCGGCAAGCCGCCCUUCUACCCGGGCCUGGACGAGUCAGCGCACCUACUGGACGAGCACGGCCUGCUGGACGGCCUGUCGGCGCUCAGUCCGUCGCGCACCUCGCCCCGCUCCUCCGGCUCGGGCGACAACGGCGAGCGCUACUCGCGCAAGGUGUUCGUCGGCGGCCUGCCGCCCGACAUCGACGAGGAGGAGAUCACCACCUCGUUCCGGCGUUUCGGCCCGCUGGUGGUCGACUGGCCGCACAAGGCCGAGUCCAAGUCGUACUUCCCGCCCAAGGGGUACGCCUUCCUGCUGUUCCAGGACGAGUGCUCGGUGCAGCAGCUGAUCGACACGUGCAUCCAGGACGACGACAAGCUCUACCUGUGUGUCUCGUCGCCGACCAUCAAGGACAAGCCGGUGCAGAUCCGACCGUGGAAGCUCUCCGACGCCGACUACGUGCUGGACGCUUCGCUGCCGCUCGACCCGCGCAAGACCGUGUUCGUCGGCGGCGUGCCUCGUCCGCUCAAGGCCGUGGAGCUGGCCAUGAUCAUGGACCGCCUGUACGGCGGCGUCUGCUACGCCGGCAUCGACACGGACCCGGAGCUGAAGUACCCGAAGGGCGCCGGCCGAGUGGCGUUCAGCAACCAGCAAAGCUACAUCGCGGCCAUCAGCGCUCGCUUCGUGCAGCUACAGCACGGCGACAUUGACAAGCGGGUGGAAGUGAAGCCGUACGUGCUGGACGACCAGAUGUGCGACGAGUGCCAGGGCACGCGCUGCGGCGGCAAGUUCGCCCCCUUCUUCUGCGCCAACGUCACUUGUCUGCAGUACUACUGCGAGCACUGCUGGGCCACCAUCCACUCGCGGCCGGGCCGGGAGUUCCACAAGCCGCUGGUCAAGGAGGGCGCCGACCGGCCUCGCGCCGUGCCCUACCGCUGGUGCUAGGCCGGCAUCCGCCUCAGGCCCCCAGCGGUCACCGGCGGACGGCCACCGGCUACCGGCGGACGGUCAGCGGCCACCGACAGACGGUCAGCGGUCACCGGCGGACAGUCAGCGGUCACCGACGGACGGUCAGCGGUCACCGGCGGACGGUCAGCGGUCACCGGCGGACAGUCAGCGGUCACCGGCGGACGGUCAGCGGCCACCGGCGGACGGUCAGCGACCCAACGUCCCGGCGCAGGCCCUGCUGACCUUUCUCUUUCUCCUUACUGCUCCGGCUCGGCUCCUCGUUAGGCUAGACGUGCGUUCUCCCGGCGUGUGAUGUGCCAUAGCCUAGUCCGGCGGCGGCGGGGACGGGGUCGGGCCCCGGGGCGGCCGGCUGCCGUUUUAUAUAUCUGUGACAUAUUACCGUAGUUGUUAGCCUCCGGCUGUCGCCGCAGCACGUAUGAUUCCUGCCGGGCGCCACUUUGGAUACAUUUUUUACCUUUUCACCGUUUUUGUAUCGUCGCCGUUUGCAAUUGUAAAUAGAUUUAUGUACAAAUCGCCGAUAUUUAUACAGCACUACGUGGGAUUGAAAUCGCAUAGUUCCUCCUCUUUAUUUUUGGGGUCGCGCCUUUUGUACGGAGAGCCCCGUGCCUGUGCCCGCCGGGCGCCGCCCGGCCCAUGGAAUGACAUUGCCGUUGCCGUAUGUUUCUCCGUGUGACCGUGUUUUUAAUACGCUGGCCGCCCGACCCCGCCGCCGUCCCCGCCGCCGCCCCACCCGUGCGAGGGCGCGACCUUCGGCGCCUUGUCGCAGGUCCGCCCCCGCACCGCUGUUUUCUAUUUAUCCUCAAUAUUUGAAGUCGUGAGGGCCUGGCGCCCAACUCGCUCCGUCACGGGCAUAUGUAUAAUAGGAGGUUAUGUGAUAGCUGUAUUUAUCCAUUAUUGUGAUUUGACCUAAUUUAUGCAAUUAAUUUUCUAGUUCAGACGUUUAUUAUUUCGCGUGUUAUCAUCAUUUAACCGGUGUCGAGUGGUAUCGUAGCUUACCCGGCACCUUGCGUACUCGGUGUGUCGGUUUCGCGGUUGUCUGGAGCGGAGGCUCGUAUUGCCUAUGUGUGCGCGACUGGGC